CGGGUAAACCCCAAUUUGGCGGCUACUUCUUGUAUUCCUUUGACAUAGUAAACCUACGAUUUCUUCCCAAUUCACACAUGCUAACCUAUCUUCUUCUUCUUCUUCUUCUUGCCAUAAAUUUAAUCUUUUUUUAUAUUAAUUUUCCACCUUGAAUGCGUUAAACAUCGCCAUUCCCUUGGUUUCUAGAUGGUCAUAGCAAGACCACACAACAGAAAGGUUUGGGGAAUUUGUUAAUUGAAUAUUUUUAAGGAUCAAAUGGGAAAGGUGUUGUGGACAGAAGAUGGAGAUCAGUUUGAUAAGAUUCAUUCAGGAUGCAUGUCUGGAAUGUUUCAUGCUCUUGAUUACCAGUAUUGGCACUCUGUCAAGAAGAUACUUCCACACAGAAAGCAUGAAACCCUAAUCAAACAUGCUAACCGCAACAGAAGGCACAAGAGGAUAUCAGAUGAUCAAGAUCCUUUUGAAGUGUUAAAACUUUUAGAGGCGGAAACAAGUCAUAUACUGGUGGACCGGAGCAAUAGAAAAACCAGCUCUACCCAGAAAAGGUCGUUAAAAGCUCGUAUAAAGGCAUUAGUUUCUGAAGAUACUUUUAAGGACAAUGACAAAGAACGAGAUCCCAAGUUUGUACCAAGUCCAAGGUUGCAAAGGACUAAUUCAAUUCAUCAUUUAGAAAGCAAUGAAUGGGUUCGUCCAAUCAUUUUCUUUCCAGAUAGUGAAGAGUUGCAUGAGAAUGCAACAGAAAAUCCAAAUGUUCCGAAUUCUGAGACCAAGGAUUAUGGUGAUAUUUUAGAAAUGUUCAAAGUGAACAAAGAGCUAUUUGUGAAUAUGUUACAAGAUGGUUCCCAAGUUUCUAACAUGAAAGCAAAAUUGACCAAGUCGGGUUCUUUUCCUACUGGGAGACGAUUCUUGAGGCCUACCAAGCUCAAGGAUAAGUUGAAUGAGUCGUACACCACUUCAAAAACCGAAAGAAGGUUGGAUUCUUCAUCAAAUUUGGGGUUUCUGAUGACUGAAUUAGAUAAACAAGAUGGAAAGAACUCACACGAUGAUCUUAACAAUAACAAUGUUAUGCCCAUCAGAAGAAUAUCUUCCCUCAAUGAAUCUUCAAACAGAUAUUCCCAGUUGCUUGAUUUUAGUAAGGAGGCCACUCUGCGCCCUUCUAGAAGCUUGAAGUUGGCAAAUGGAAGUGAGAACAUUCCAAGUACCCAAGAACCGAAUUUCUUUAGAACGAAUCGCUCUUUGCCUCAUAUUAACAAUCCCAAUCAGGAGUCCCAUGACGCUUAUUUCUUUCGAAGUGCUAGCCAAAAUGAAAGAAAUCCGGUUUCUUUUCCUUUAUGUACAGAUAAACCUGAAGAUUGCGAGUGUUUGAAUGAAGUGGUCUAUAGAAGUGAGAAUUUUUCAGAAAAUGAACAUUCAACAGAGGAUAUCCCUCAUUUAAGCUCUGUUCUAGCUCCUGAGAAGGUCCAGUCAGAGUUUCAAAUCCCAGAAGGUUUGGAUUCAUUAACCAACUCGAAAGGUAACGUUGAGAAGGAAAUCAUGAUUGUCAACAAUAACAAACACUUGGAAUCAUCAAUGAGACACUACCAGGAGGACGACGAUUUCACUUACGUGAAGCAGAUUCUAGAGCGGUCAGGUUUCAUCAAGAAUGGGUUCCAUCAAACGUGGUAUUCCUCCAACCAGCCUCUAGACCCUUUUGUGUUUCAAGAAAUCGAGUCUCAGUAUUUCCACGAUCCGGAACUCUUCGAAGAGGAAUUCAACGAGCUAUCUCAUCAUUUACUCAUCUUUGAUUUGGUGGAUGAGGUUUUGGUUAAUUUUUAUGAAAAAUCAUCGGCAUACUACCCGAAAGCGCUGUCUUCUUCCUGCCACAUUCGACCUGCCCCGACUGGACCGCGUGUCCUUGAUCAAGUCUGGAAGCGUGUUAGCCGAUGGCUCGAUUUGAAGCCGGAUAUGAACGAAUCUUUAGACGAUAUCGUGUCUCGAGAUUUGGGAAGUGAUGAUGGUUGGAUGAAUUUGCAGUUGGAUUGUGAGUGUGUUGGACUUGAGUUGGAAGAUUUGAUUCUGGAUGAAGUUUUAGAAGAAGUGUUGUUUGAAUGCAGUUGAUGUGUUCUUAUUCUGGACGUGAGAAGGUAGAGUUUGAUGGAAGGGAUAUAUUGGUAAUUUCCUACUCCCCUGUUAGGUUUUUCGAAUUGGCAUUCAUGUAGAAAAACUGACAGGUGGAUGAAUUCUGAUGGCUGGUGGAAUUUUUAGAGCAGUUUAAUGUACUUGUAAAUAUUAUUUUGUGAUAGU